GACAGGUUUACCGUAAUGAUUUCUGUGUUGGAAGUGGAGUGGGGGGGGAAUUCCCAGCCAUGGGCAUCCUUUCCAGUUUCCUCUUUUGAUGUGUUUGAAUCGCUUAUAAAUACCCUGUCUGAGAGCACACAAGACAAGCUCCAUCUCCUUUGGCUUUGCCUUUCUGCAGUGCUCCGUGUCAGCCUUGUGCUGGGAACCAUGAAGCUCUUUGUCUACAUCGCGUUGCUCUCUCUUCUAUGUGCAAGUGCUGACAUGUUACCAAUACUCGAAAGUGGACGAUUUGCCUGGGAUGCAGUGGGAGGGGCAUGGGAUAUGCUCAGAGCAUACAAUGACAUGCGUGAGGCAAAUUAUAUAGGUGCUGACAAAUAUUUCCAUGCUCGUGGGAAUUAUGAUGCUGCCCGAAGAGGACCUGGCGGUGCUUGGGCAGCUAAAGUGAUCAGUGAUGCCCGGGAAAGAUGGCAAGGCGGCGUGAGCGGCCGCGGGGCCGAGGACAGCCGUGCCGACCAGGAGGCGAACGAGUGGGGCAGAAACGGAGGGGACCCCAACCGCUACCGACCUGCGGGCCUCCCCAAGAAAUACUGACACCGCAGCCCCCUCGGGGGCCACGUCUGCUGCCCUGUUAUACCGCCCCUCUGCAGCCCAAUAAAGAGAUUCUCCCAAAAACCGC